AUGGCUUCCAAGAUCACCCCGCAGCAGCCGAACCUAGUAAUGAAGUCCGAGCAAGAUCUGGAACAGAAUUCGGAUCAGAAGAAAGGAAAUGGUCCAGAAGAUUCAAUCAAACAGAUUCAAAAGAUUGUGGAAUCUUUGCAUACAAUUUUUCCACUUCAGCAGCCAGCAAAACUAACGCAGAGUCAGAGCACUGUUGUUCUUCCUACUCAGAGUAACCCUCCGCCUCUGAUCACAGCAACAAGUGCCCCAAUUCCUUUGUCAAAAAAUGAAGAAUCCGAGAAUUCGAUUCAUAGGCUAAAACGUAAUCUCUUUCUGCUAGAGAAAGAUGUGGAGAAGGUUCGAGAACUUAACAAUGACGUUGCAGAUGAGGUGGAGAAACAUAUUAUUCCACUUGCUAAACUGCUUAAAAAAGUGGAAGACCAAGCCGCCGAGGCUACGCUGGCCAAACGUAAGCUGACCAAAGGUAUGAAGAAAGACUUGGAGGAUAUCAACAAGAAGAUCUUUAAGUUGAUGUGUGAGGUCCCUUUGUUGCCCAACAAACGCAGAAAGCCGGGAGGUUUAGAUUCUGACGCUGGCGAUGGGGAUAAUAAUGGCAAAGGUAUUUUUUGCUUGCACGGCAUCCAUGCAAAUGAUGAAGAUCUCAAAACACGUGCGGUUUUCAGAUAUGUAGAAGAAGAAUUGAAGAAGCUUACUGAUACUCCACUCCUCCAGAUCUGUCUGCUGAGCUUUGCUGUGUUCCCGGAGAAUCAAGAGGUGAACAGAACGAUGCUGAUGUAUUGGUGGAUCGGGGAGAACAUUAUCCCUGAUAUAGAAGCCGACGAUGCCGUGAAGAAGAUUCUUAAAGAUUUCACCAGGGAGAUUCUGCCUGAUGAAUUCCGUCCACCUGAAGAUGGCAUUCUCUCUGAUAAAGUCAAACCACCUGGACCUGAUAACGCCGAACCCAAGAAGAAUGUUGGACCUGAUAAAGGCAAGCCUGACAAAGACAGACCUGAAGAUGUUGUGAAGGCCAUUCUUGACUAUUUCACAGAGAGAAAGUUGAUUGAAGCUGUUGAAAACAAACGCAAAGUGGAGCCAAAUAGCUAUAAGAUGACACCUUUUGUGCAUUCUUCAUUGGUUCUUAUCUCCAAGGAGAUAGGACUUUUUGAUAUGUAUCGUAAAGGGGAGAAGCCAACCAUGAAAAAAUCAAACAUGUACAAGGUAUGCCUUGUGGAAGGGUCGUCAAGCCAGGCGGAAGCAAAAGCUAAUAAAAUGACGGCAGAUGACAUUGAAACAGUGAUCAAUGUUUCCGAGAGGUUCCCGGAUUUCACAUUCAAGUGGUUUUCGGAGGAGCAAUCAUCACAAAACAAAAUGUUUCGCCGUCUUAAAAAAAUUGUGUACCCAGAGCUCAAGGUUUUUUAUUUGGGAAGAUGGGAGAGAACCGCCAAGCGACACAUCGAGAUAGAGAAUCCUGAGCAUAUGAAGUACUUGAAGCAUAUGACUAAACUCAGACUUCUGAGUUUCCAAGGGAUCUCAAGAAUUGAAAGACUCGACGAUGCUGUCUGUAAGCUUCGUGAGUUGAUCAUCUUGGACCUCAGAGCUUGCUAUAAUCUGGAGAAACUUCCAGACAAGAUAAAUUUACUCGAGGAGCUGAUCUACUUGGACAUUACAGAUUGCUACAUGAUAGAUCGUAUGCCCAAGAGGUUGUCUUGGCUCGUUAAGUUGGAGGUUCUCAAGGGAUUUGUGGUUAGUGAUGCUCAUGAGGAUACGGUCUGCACGCUGGCUGAGUUGCAAGCCUUGAGAAAUCUCAGAAAGCUAAGCAUUACAGUAAACAACGGGGACUUCACCGUAGAGCAUCUGUUUCGGGCUAUUACGGGUUUUGAAAAUCUGGAAAAGUUGAAAGUGGCAUGGGGAAGUAUUAUUACAUACAAGAAAAACAAAGCUACUGGUGGGAUGCAAGGAAUGGUAGAAAGAGUGUUAACACGCGUUAAUCCGCCCCCACUUCCCCCACCAGUACCAGAGCCUCCAAAGCUUCCCAAGUCAUUGAGGAAACUGGAUCUGCAAUGUUUUCCUGAUCCAGAACUUCCCAAAUGGCUUGAGCCUGGAAAACUAGUUGGUCUGGAAAAACUCUACAUUAAAGGAGGAACGGAACUUACUGGAUUUGGAAAGGCAUUACCUGAUAAGCCAACCGAAUGCAACGUCAAGGUUCUACGUCUGAAAUUUCUUCCAAGGCUAAAAGUGGAGUGGAGGGAUCUGAAGGAACUCUACUUUCCAAAACUGAAAUUCUUGGAUAAGUAUCAAUGCCCUCAAGUUAGUCUCUGCCCCUGCGAUGGAAUUGGAAUCUGGCGCAGCCCCUGA